CCCCAGGUCCCCCUGAACACCAACCGCUCCCGGCCCCACCAUGUGCGAGGAGGAGACCACCGCCCUGGUCUGCGACAACGGCUCCGGCCUCUGCAAAGCCGGCUUUGCCGGCGACGAUGCCCCCCGCGCCGUCUUCCCCUCCAUCGUGGGGCGGCCCCGGCACCAGGGUGUCAUGGUAGGCAUGGGGCAGAAAGACAGCUACGUGGGCGACGAGGCGCAGAGCAAGAGGGGUAUCCUCACACUCAAGUACCCCAUUGAGCACGGCAUCAUCACCAACUGGGAUGACAUGGAGAAGAUCUGGCACCACUCCUUCUACAACGAGCUGCGCGUGGCGCCCGAGGAGCACCCGACCCUGCUCACCGAGGCACCCCUCAACCCCAAGGCCAACCGGGAGAAGAUGACCCAGAUCAUGUUUGAAACCUUUAACGUCCCUGCCAUGUACGUCGCCAUCCAAGCCGUCCUCUCCCUCUACGCCUCCGGCCGCACGACCGGCAUCGUCCUCGACUCCGGGGACGGCGUCACUCACAACGUGCCCAUCUACGAGGGCUACGCGCUGCCCCACGCCAUCAUGCGUCUUGACUUGGCCGGCCGCGACCUCACCGACUACCUCAUGAAGAUCCUCACUGAGAGGGGCUACUCCUUCGUCACCACCGCCGAGCGGGAAAUCGUGCGUGACAUCAAGGAGAAGCUCUGCUACGUGGCCCUCGACUUCGAGAACGAGAUGGCCACGGCUGCUUCCUCCUCCUCGCUGGAGAAGAGCUACGAGCUCCCCGACGGUCAGGUCAUCACCAUCGGCAACGAGCGUUUCCGCUGCCCUGAGACCCUCUUCCAACCCUCCUUCAUCGGCAUGGAGUCAGCCGGCAUCCACGAGACAACCUACAACUCCAUCAUGAAGUGUGACAUCGACAUCCGCAAGGACCUCUACGCCAACAACGUCUUGUCCGGCGGCACCACCAUGUACCCCGGCAUCGCCGACCGCAUGCAGAAGGAAAUCACGGCGCUGGCUCCCAGCACCAUGAAGAUCAAAACCCUUGGGGCCAGAAUCUGCUUCCCACCCAGAGCAAAACAGGUUUGUCAUCAUUUCUCUGGGCUGGCGUCACUGCUGCGACGCUGGGGACGCUUCGGGGCACAAGUGUGUCCCCCCAGUGUCUUGGAGGGGGCUCGGGGCAUUUUUCUCCAAGCCACCACGUGCUGCUUGGGAAAAACCCUUUUGGCUGAGGAGGAGGAGGAGGAGGAGGAGGAAAAUGACGGCGUAGGAAGGACGGGUGAGGCUGUUUCUUCCCUGCUUUGCAAAGGAGAGCGGAGGCGGCGUGUUGUCCCCACCCUGCCCAAGCUGCCGUUCCGCCGGCGCACGGCACAAACCGGCGCCCAAGCGCUCGCUCCCCAGACUUGA